GGUAAAGUUGUUUCAUUUUUGGUUUCCCUUUAAGGUGACUUUUCUUUUUUUUGCAUUAAGAUGAAUUUUUUUUUUUGCUCUUGUCAAAUCAUCUUACUGAUUUUUGAACAAAUCUAUUCUGUGUGCAUUGAUUUUUAUUCUUAUUCGUUCUUUUUUUUUAAUCCUAACUGUUCUUUGGUUUACUUGAGAGUAUAAUUUGUAUUUCUGCGUUUAUUUUAAUGGUAAAACGUAGCAAAAGAUUAAAAAUACAUAAAUAAUCUCAGUCACGUGGACAAAAGGGUACUGAUCGCUGUCAAACCAGAAGUAAAGCAACGGCGCCCCCAUGUGGACAAACGCGGAAGUUCCGGACAGUGACACAGCAGGAGGUGGAGGGGGGGCAAACCGGAUCUUUCAUGAGGGAAGAGGCCAGGGACAGCCAGCCAGCCCCGGCUUCUCUUCUCUCUUAUUAUUCCCCAUUUCAAGCCCGGAAGCCCGAGCAGGGGGGCUGUGUUGGAAUUCGUAGGAUGUCCCGUCAUGAAGGUGUGAGUUGUGACGCGUGUUUAAAAGGAAACUUCAGAGGUCGACGGUACAAAUGUUUAAUUUGCUACGAUUACGAUUUGUGCGCAUCGUGCUACGAAAGCGGCGCAACCACAACCAGACACACCACAGAGCAUCCCAUGCAGUGUAUAUUAACACGAGUCGACUUUGACCUGUACUAUGGAGGUGAAGCCUUCUCCGUGGAACAGCCUCAAGCUUUCACGUGUCCUUACUGUGGCAGGAUGGGCUACACGGAGAUCUCCCUGCAGGAGCAUGUGGCUGCAGAGCACACGGAGACCUCCACAGAAGUGAUCUGCCCCAUAUGUGCAGCGCUGCCAGGCGGCGACCCCAAUCAUGUGACCGAUGACUUUGCUGCUCAUCUCACACUUGAACACAGAGCUCCAAGAGACCUGGACGAGUCUAGCGGAGUGAGGCACGUAAGGAGGAUGUUUCACCCCGGGCGUGGGCUGGGGGGCCCGCGUGCGCGCAGGUCCAACAUGCAUUUUACCAGCAGCACUACGGGGGGGCUUUCCACCAGUCAGAGUUCCUCGCAGAGCUCCAACUACAGCAGAGAGGCCAUGGACCCCAUCGCAGAGCUGCUGUCCCAGUUGUCGGGGGUGCGCCGUUCGGCGGGGGGCCAGUUGAGCUCGGGUCCCUCGGCCUCCCAGCUACAGCAGCUUCAGAUGCAGCUCCAGUUGGAGCGCCAGCAGGCGCAGGCGGCACGCCAGCAGCUGGAGAGCGCCCGCAACGCCACCCGGGGAGGCCGAGCCAACGCAAUCCUCACCGCCAACUCGGCCCCCGCAAACCCCGCCCCCAGCACCAACCACACCAACAACCCCAGCCCCAACCCGGGACUCCCCGAGGCCAACACGCAGCAUUCUGCACACAACUCCCAGUUUUUACUCAGCAGGCUGAGCGAACCCCGGCUGUCGGAGGCGGAGCGGCAGGCGUGCGAGGCGCAGUGGGCCGACCGGAGCCUCUUCGUCACGGAGCUGCUGCUGUCCACGCUGCUGCCCGACCAGGACGCCUCGGCCUCCUCCUCCGAGGACGAGGAUGAUUGUCACGGCCCGUUGCGGAAUUUCGCCGACUUCCAGGCCAUGGGCUGCGUCGAGGUCAUGACGUUAGACGUGGCGCUGGAAAACCUUAACCUCAAGGAGAGCGCGCCUCCAACCAAGACGACAAAACCCACCACGAAAACGGCGCCUACCAAGAAAGAGCCCCCCGCGCCGCCCCUUUGAUGACUCUGCCACCUCCCUUCCCUGAAGCCACCAUUGAAACCGGCUGACCGCCGCGUCAGUCCAACUGCCAAUGGAUGAGAAAAGACUGCAGUUCCCUUUGGCUUUUUGUCCCCGCCCCCUUUUAUUUUUGUUUUGGUUUUUCUGUUCCCCUCGGUGAUUGUCAUGUCAGCCGUCGCUCCGUCUCCACCACACGUUUUCUGUUGUGUAUAUUGAAUAAAAGUAGUGAGACGCGAGAAUGUGUGGCGGCUGCGAGAGAGAAAAUGAUUAUAUAAAGAAAUUAUUGAAGAAUCUAUAUGAGAGGCGAUAAUCAGCUACACGUAGGCCGUGUUCCCUUUAGCCCACGAGCUAGUUAGCCGCUGGAACAGGGAAAAAGCGCUGCUGUGUAUUUAUAGAUAUUAAGUAAAGAAGUGCUUGGAUGGUUGACCACGACGCAAGCAUGAGCUUAAAUCACCAUGUGCCCAUUUUUAACUGCACAGUCACCAGGAGGGUGUGGGGGGGCUCUCUCUGAGGGUGUCGCUUUUUGGUGCGCAGAUUUGAAGUGUUUGGCUCCCGUUCAGUCCCCUCCCCCUUUUGUGUGACAUCACCUGUUUUGGGUCACAUGACCUGGCUUUAUAUCGACUGUGGGCACUUUGAAUCGCAUAUCCGGUGUCCACGCGCGCACACACACACUACAGAUGCUCCACACGGGGAGGGGCCACGAUGGAGGAGCCACGCCCCUUCCCUGGCAGUCAUACGGUUGUCCCGCCCCCCUUCCCCACCUCCGGUCCUUCUACUCAAGGCCACAUGCUUCUUUCUCAAGCUCCUCCUGAUCCAGAAUUAAUCUCUCCAUUACUCAUGAAUGCAAAGAUUACUCAUGUGACUUGAAGGAGAGAAUUGUGUAUUGCUCUUUCCAUAAAUUCCUCUCAGUCAGAAAAGGUCUUUGUAUGCCUCCACUGCUACCUGAAGACAUGCAUUGUAUGUUUUUUGGCUUCUGAAACGAGCCAAACGACAGGGUAAACCUUUGUUUGGAGGACAAUAAAAAUGUUUUUGGAUGGAAACAAACUAACCUCA